AUGUAUGGAAAGCAGAGACCAAAAAUUCCAGUUACUCCUGAAUGUUCCUGCAAACCGACUGAGAGCAGUGGGCCCCAGCCGAGUGCAGAUCCCAGCAGCACAUGGCGGAGACCUGGCUCCCCGCAUUCUCCGGGCCCACAUCCCGGCCUCCCACGCUCCUCCGCGGCGCUGGGACUAGAGCUGCGACAGAUGCUCUCAGGGAAAGCCCGGAGCACCCGCAGAUCGCCCCCAGGACUUCCACAGAUCCCGGCCCAGAAGGCAGCCUCCGUAAUCCCCAGCCCGAACCCACCACCCCGAGUCCCCGCCCGGGGCCCUCCGCAGAGAGGCUCACCCGCCUUCCCGGCGGACGCCAACUCCAGGCACUGCAAGCGACGAGUGCGCAUGCGCGGCGGAAGCCAGCGCAACCCCGCCCCGCCUGGCACCUGA